AUGGACGGAAGAGACCCCAGCGCAAACCAUCUUUCACCGCACGCUCAAGCCUUCCAACAGGCCGCGAGAGCUCAUGCUCAGGCGCAUGCGCACGCGGGAGGCAACUCCUUUGAAGAAGCAAAGACCAAUGAAAUGCCCGCAAACUUAGUCAACCCAACUGCAUUUUCCGCAAACAUGAUCAAUGCGGACUUUGUACAAGAAAGACUCACAACCAUGAAUGCCAUCGGGAACAACGCCAAUGCCAUUGCAGGCGGGGGAAACUCGGCAGGGAUUUCAGGACCGGGGGCAUUCAACUGGAAUGCCAAUGACGCUGGGAAUGCCAACGCCAAGAAAUCACUCGCCAUGCCAAAUGAUCCUGCUGGUAUUAGCAAGGGGGGCAACAGCAAGAAACGGUCAGAACCAGGAGACAACAACAACACUUCUUUCAUGCAAGGAAACACCAUGAUGGAUCCAACCAUGGCCAUGUUGCAACAGCAGCAGGAACAACUUCAGUUUCAGCCUAACAAGAGAUUUCGUGAUAUGAACACCGCCAUAUCCGGAGCCCUCAGCGGCAAUGUUGCUGAUACACCAAGACCCACCUCCAACAACAUGUUCCAGCCAAACAGGACAUUUCCUCACCAGCAGCAAUCCAAUCAACCCCUUGGCUUCUCCCCGGUGCCUGCUCAGGCACAGCCUCUUCCACGUGCUCCUACAAGUCCAGGAAACUUCAAUGUGGGGGCGGUACAAGACUUUGCUGAUGCAAACGCGGCACUCAGAAGAAAUCUUGCUACUCUGCACCAACAACAAAAUCAGCAGCAGCCAGCACCAAUACCUUCCUUCAAUGGGUCGGGUGGGAACUUCAACGGGGUAACGGGAUUCAACAAUGGCAACGGAAACCCUCUCUUCAGUAGCUUGGACGAUCAGUCAAACAUGAAUUUGACAGCUUCCAACCCACAGCAAAAUCAGCUCUGGGCUUCCGAGUUGCUCCUACGUUCCAACCAAACUGCAGCAUCAGGGAUGAACGGCAUCAACGUAAACAAUUCUGCUAAUAUGAACCUCUCCGCGAACAGUCUCGGGUCCUCUGCAGCGGGAGCCUUUGCCAGUGGUGGUGGUGGCAGCGCGGGCGGAACAGGGAACGCAGCUACUGGGAUGGAUGGUGGCAACCUGACGCAGCUGCAUCUCCUCCGGCAACAGCAGGAAAGAAUGCUUCAGCUUGACCAACAAGAACGUCUUCGACAGCUAGAUCAGCAGAUCAACGAAGAAGCUGUCAUGAGGCGGCAGUUGCAGUUGCUACGCCGCAACAGCGCACUUCCUGGAGGCGGUGGAGCGGGUGGGCCCGGUGGGAACUUGGGAUUUUCACAGUCGCAUCAGCUUUCUCCUGCCGACGUGCCUUCCUCCUCGACUUCCCUCUUGAGUGGAAUUUCCAAUGCGGGAAAUUCGUUUGGAACCUCCUUGUCAGCAGACACGUCCCUGGGCAAUAACAUGAUGUUUCAGCAACAGUUUCCACAGCAACAGUUGCUUCAGCAACAGCAGCAACAGUUUGGUCUCAUGUCUCAGCAGCAGCAGCAGCAGUCCCAACAGCAGCUGGGCUUCCCCAACUCUCUUGACGGUACAUCCGCUUCUGGUCGAUUCAGGUCCGUUGGUCGAGGUCUUCCCCUUCCAGAGACAUCCUUGGAACGAACUGGGUCGUCCGCAUCUGCCGGAAGACAAUCGGCUGGACAGACUCCCGCAUUCCGAAGGACGUCUUCCUUAUCAUCUACCAUUGCCCGUGCCACUCCCAUGCUCGGACCGAUUGCUCCUCCGGUUCCCCCUCCUCCUCCCGAGUCGCAAAUGCAAUACCUGCUUCCACCGAUUGAAGAAGGGGAGACUCGUCACUACGAUCAACGUGUCCAUGUGCCUUUGGCCAUGGAAGAAGAUCAAAAUUGGUUGUCUGAGUUCCAGUGUUUUGUACGCAAAGAGCUUUUGCAGGUCUUUCGCGCAAGCCACCAAGACGUCAAGAUUCGUGUUGCCAGCAAGAAGGUUUAUUUCCAGCAGGUGGGGAUCCGAUGCCGGCACUGCGCCCAUUGGAAGCCAAGCACUCGUGCUAUCCGGUCUUCUGCCUUUCCUUCUUCGAUCCGACAGCUUUAUCAGUCCUUCACAAUGAUGCUGAGAGACCAUUUCGGGAAUUGCCCGGCGAUCCCGACCGAGAAGAAGGAACGUUUCCUGGCGUUGAAAAGGAACAACACGCAAGGAGCGUCUGAUUCCAUGAGAUAUUGGAUCUACUCGGCCGUGAAGCUUGGCAUGGUGGACUCUGACUGCGGGAUAGUCCUCAACGAACAAACGCAAGCAGCGGCACGAAACAAACCACCGUUCGGGACGGCCAGUUUUGGGGAAGGCGAAACGAACAAUACCGCGUUGGACAGUCCUCCAAGACUGUUGGUGAAUCCAGAAGAUUUGGAACAGAAUGUGAUUGAGAGUGAGUUUUUGUACACUCUGCUCACUCAGUAUCAGCUGAUUCGUUUGCUGCCUACGGAAUGCAUUGGCAAUCGCAAGUCGUUGCGUCCCGGUGUCCCCGGUCUGGGAUGCCGGUAUUGCUGUCAAGCGGGACGUCUGGGUUUGUCUCGCGUCUUCCCUGCCAAGAAGAAGCAACUUCCAGCGCAGAUUCAAGAUUUGUAUGAUCACGUUCGGCGCUGCAACUUGUGUCCUUCUGCGGUCAAGGAAGAAGUCGUGCGGAUGAAGGAAGACCGUGACCAGCAGCGACGUGCGUCGAACAAGUCAUCUUCUUCAACGGAUGGAGAGGAGAUGAUCAAGAUGAAGAUUAUCGACGAGGACGACAAGGGCUUCGUGGAGCUCCUGUGGCAACGACUGGGUCAUCGCAGCGAGCUUGCGACGCCGAUCGCUCCGUCGUCUUGA